GUGUGAAAGGCGCCGCAGGGCAGGGAGCGGGAAGCUGCGCGGUGUGGGGUGUAAAGCUCUCCUCCCGCGCCCCAUGCCUGCGAGUCAACGGCGCGCGCGACGUGACGAGCUUUGACAGUACGCUUUUGUUACCUAUCCGGUGUGUUGUGUUUUUUGAAGUGUCUUGUUAAACGUUGUUGUAACGUUCGGAUUUUGUGUUUAUAUACCGAUAUAUGGUAAGUGUACCUUAAAUUUAUUAUAACUAAUGUUUGUUUUAGUGUGUGAAGUGUGGCGAUAGUAAAAUAUUUCUUUGAAGGUGUCGGUUGGCUACCACACGACUACAACUGUGACGGUUGUAAUUUAUGCUUAAUGUUGGUAUGUCGGCCAUUCAGCCACAUCCACAGCAUGUCUUUUUUUAUGCUAUGUGCCCGCUCAGACGGUGAUAGCUAAGGCGCGCGGUCCGAAAAUUGAGCUGCACGGCUCGAAAAUAUGGACGCGCGGCUCGAGAAUCGAGACGCGCGGCUCAGAAAUUGAGACGUACGGCUCAACAAAAUUGGGAAGCGCGGCUUGAAAAUUGGGACACGCGGCUCCAGAAAUUGGGACGCGCGGCUCAAGAAAUUGGGACGUGCGGCUCAAAAAUAUUGGGACGCGCAGCUCAAAAAUAUUGGGACGCGCGGCUCACGAAACUAGAGACGGCUCAACAAGUUUGAGACGCAUGGCUGAGAGGAGACGCGCGGCUCAUUUAAGCCGAGGCGCGCGGCAAUUCUAUACUGAUAAAAUCACAAUUUCAUAUCUUUAAGGUGUUUCUUAAUACCAUGAGCUUUUACUGAUAAAGCUUUUCGCUUGGCUUCAGAUGGCAAAUGGUGGUGGGUUCGUAACCCUGGGUGACUUGCUGGAGGAGCAGGGUGAUUCGCAGAGGGAUGAGGAGAUUUUAGGAAGAUUGAAAGUGUUGGCACAGGAGAGCCUGCCCGAAGGAUGGACGAAAUGGGAAAUAAAGAAAUCUUCCAAGGAAGAAAUUUUUGGCGAGAGUGUGGAAGUGGCCACACUAAAUAAAUUGGUUUUUGCCAUUCCUACAAUGGGACUGGUGAAGGCUUUCGACCCGGAGGCGGAUCACCUGUCAGAGAAGGCCUACAGAGACAUCCGCCUCAAACUACUAGACUGGGCAUUCACGCGAGCGCUUAUUGUGGGACCUCCUGCAAUCGCGAACCGAAUACGGGGUUCCGCGGCUAGGACCGAACUAUUCAAGGAGGCAAUAGCUCCACUGAAGGAAGUAAUGAUACCAAGGAGGGAAGUGGACCAGAUCCUGUCUGGUGCUCUAGAAGAGGGCACCAGAAAGAGAAGAAGUACCUCGAUGACAUCAGAUCGGUCUGGCCCAGUAAAGAGAAGUAAGGUAGAUAUGCUGGAAGAGAAAAUGGAAAGGAUGUUUGCAUUUAUGGCGGAAAAGAUUGAAUCUCUUUGUGAGAUUCGACAGCCUCCUACACAGUCAGAUGAGUCGGAGGAAGAUUCUGAGAAUGAAUCUGAACCUUAUAGUCAAAGGGAGCCUUCACCGGAUUCGGAAUGGCAUGCUCCUGCCCUUGACACCAGUGGAGUGACAGAUAUGGCAUCCUUAGACGAUCUGGAUUUCCGUCCUGAAGUUAAAGAGGCUGACCCCGUGAUUCCGGAGCCUUCUCCAGAAUUGAAAGAAGAGGGCAUUGGAUGUCAAAGGUUAGGAACCACAGGUUGGAGUCGGAUUCGCUAUAAAGAGGUGGAGAAGAAAUUGCACGCAUCUCCGGUGUUCAGCGCUUUAAAAAUUAACACCGAACUGAGCAGUGUGGCUCGUGAUUUCAGCUGGCUCGGUAAGCAGGAUAGUUUGCUCGGAACUAUAUGCCACGGGUUACUUCUUCAAAGAAGAGCCAUUGCAGAAGAUCUCAGAGCGCUGGCCAGGGAGUACCCAGCAUCAGGGGGUGAAGUUAAAAGGAUUUUAAAAGAGUCGAAUUUUAAAUCCUUGUCAGAUGAUCUGUUGCAGUUCGUCUGUGCCCACAGGGCGGAAACAAUUGAAAAUCGGCGAAAAAUCUUUAAGGCCAAAAAUGAGACUCUCACCACAGCACUUCAUCAGAUUCCCCCUUCCGCAACCCACUUAUUCGAAGAGAAGAUACUUUCUACUUUUAUUAAGGACAAUGGUGGGACUGGACAAGUUUUCACUUCAAAACAAGGAAAAUUUCCGGUCAAGAAGACUUCCAACUUUCGAAAGCCAUCUGCUACUGGAUUCUAUCAGUCAAAAACAUCUGCAGGUCACGGUCGCCAGAGAAAUUCUUUCCAGCCCUCGCCUCGGCCAUCAACAUCCCGAACUUCCGCUUCAAAGAGUCAACGUGACAGCCCUAGAAAGAAAUCGGGGAAGCAGCGCCCCAGUAACAAGAAAUAUUGACGGUUUUCGCGGGGGUCAACUAAGAGACCAUAUAUCUCAGUGGCAAAUACUGGGGGCCCCAAAGCAUGUUUUAAGUACAAUUUCGGGAUACACUA